AUGGAGGCGUGUCGACAUAUAGCCACAGAUCCCAUAGAGGCGUGUCGACAUAAAACAACAGAUCCCAUAGGAGCGUGUCGACAUAUAGCCACAGAUCCCGUAGAGGCCUGUCGACAUAUAACCACAGAUCCCAUAGAGGCGUGUCGACAUAUAGCCACAGAUCCCAUAGAGGCGUGUCGACAUAUAGCUACAGAUCCAAUAGAAGCGUGUCGACAUAUAGCCACAGAUCCCAUAGAGGCGUGUCGACAUAUAGCCACAGAUCCCAUAGAGGCGUGUCGACAUAUAGCUACAGAUCCCAUAGAGGCGUGUCGACAUAUAGCCACAAAUCCAAUAGAGGCGUGUCGACAUAUAGCUACAGAUCGCAUGGAGGCGUGUCGACAUAUAGCCACAGAUCCCAUAGAGGCGUGUCGACAUAUAGCCACAGAUCCCAUAGAGGCGUGUCGACAUAUAGCCACAGAUCCCAUAGAGGCGUGUCGACAUAUAACCACGGAUCCCACAGACGCUAGUCGACAUAUAGCUACAGAUCCCAUAGAGGCGUGUCGACAUGUAACCACGGAUCCCACAGACGCUAGUCGACAUAUAGCUACAGAUCCCAUAGAGGCGUGUCGACAUGUAACCACAGAUCCCAUAGAGGCGUGUCGACAUAUAGCCACAGAUCCCAUAGAGGCGUGUCGACAUAUAGCUACAGAUCCCAUAGAGGCGUGUCGACAUAUAGCCACAGAUCCCAUAGAGGCGUGUCGACAUAUAGCCACAAAUCCCAUAGAGGCGUGUCGACAUAUAGCUACAGAUCGCAUGGAGGCGUGUCGACAUAUAGCCACAGAUCCCAUAGAGGCGUGUCGACAUAUAGCCACAGAUCCCAUAGAGGCGUGUCGACAUAUAGCCACAGAUCCCAUAGAGGCGUGUCGACAUAUAACCACGGAUCCCACAGACGCUAGUCGACAUAUAGCUACAGAUCCCAUAGAGGCGUGUCGACAUGUAACCACGGAUCCCACAGACGCUAGUCGACAUAUAGCUACAGAUCCCAUGGAGGCGUGUCGACAUGUAACCACAGAUCCCAUAGAGGCGUGUCGACAUAUAGCUACAGAUCGCAUGGAGGCGUGUCGACAUAUAGCCACAGAUCCCAUAGAUGCGUGUCGACAUAAAACAACAAGUUCAUAG